AAAUCAAGUUACAAGUUUUUAUUAGCUUAUUAUCUAAACUAGUUUGUUCAUGAAUAGAUACGUCUGUAUAUGUGUGUGUGUGUUUAACAAGGAAACAAUUGUAAUAAUUACACUGAAAUAAUAACAAUCUAUAUUCACUGUUGUAGAGUGAUUUAGUUCAUACAUUUAUGAGUAUGGAAUUCAAUGAGCCUUUGUUUACAAAUCACUUAAAUUAUGUCAAAUAAUGUAUGUAUAUGUAUAUUAAUUUUUUAUUUGUUUUUUUGUUGUUGUUAUUGUUGCUCAUAAAUCUCGUAUAGAUAAUAUCAAAUAUUAUGCAACACAAUCGCAAUAAAAUGCCAACGAUGUUAUUGGACCUGAUAUUUGCUUCAAAAAAAAUCGACUUUGAAACAAGGCCCACUAUCAAUAUAAUAUGUAAUAAAUUGUACAAGCAGUGACUGAAUUCUAUAAUCAUGUUACAUAAUAAUAAUAAUAAUUCUAGACUCAGGAAUGUAAUUAAUCAACCAAUUUUAUUGAAAAUCAUUUUUGUGCACGUGGUUACAGUCAUGACUCAGAAAAAUAUUAACAAACAAAAAAGUGGGUUUUAUGUUAUUUUCAUAAUAAUCUAUUUACUCAACCAUGUUUCGUUUUCAUUGUUGGUUUAUUCUAAGAUUAUAAUAAACUGGAAUGAUGAUGAUUUAUUAGUACAGUCAGUGGUUGUAUAAAUUGCAAUCAUCUCAAAGAGUCAAUUUCAAAAAAGUAAUAGAACCACUGAAAAACCAAUACUGGGUGAAUAAAGAGUUGAAUUCUAGAAAUUACUUAAAUUUGAAUGUAACCUAAACAUGCAUUUGUUUAAAAAAAAACAUAAUGAAACCAUGUAGUAUUCAGUCAGAAUUUCCUCUCCUACGUUUUCUAUUCAUUUAUUAUUGCUAUCUUUAUUAUAUUGUUGAUGUUCAGUUCAUAUAAAGCUGAUUGUAGUUGUUUUUUGUUGUUGUUGUUGUCGUUGAGGUGUUUAUCGCUGAAUAUGGAACUUCAUGAUAAAGAGAUGAUUAAAUAAAGCAAAUAAUGAAAGUAGUUUUCAAAAACUAUUUCCAUGUAAUGUGUUUCUUUUCUUUAAUAUUUUUGUUUUGUUUAUUUUAUUGUGUUUGUUCGUUGUCGUUGUUGUUGUUUUUUAUAUAAAAAUCAUAAACAGUUUAUAAAAAUAAUACAAUCAUAAAGACCAUAAUGUUAACUGCAUUUCUGUUUUUUUUUCCCUCCUGAACAAUAUUAAUCUUCAUAAAUUCAUGUAGCAUAAAGGAGUUGCAAACAAAAAGCAUACAGAAUGAAUAACUAUUUGUUCAAUGUUAACUGUUCAUAUCUCAUUUAUUUACUGUUUAUUUUGUAAAUACAGAUUGAACUGUACUGUUAGUAACAGUCUCGUGAAGACGGAUUGUUUAACUAUUGAUUUUUAUGGUUUAAACGGUAAUUGACAAUGAAUAUUUUAAUAGUUAGCAUUAAGUUAAUAGCCUACAUGUUGAUAGUCCAUUAUUCUUUAUCAAACUGGUUAAUAGAUGAGGUCUAUUUGAAAAUAAAUAGAUUAGGUCAAAUUUUAAUAAUAACGAUAAAUAAUGUAAUGAAAUAUUUUAUUAUUAGAGGGGUUUAUGUGUAGAUUUC